AUGGUUUCGGAGCCUUGGAUAUUGAAACUGGGAAAUCAGGUGAGUAGCAAUUUAAAGCAUGGUUUACAUCUCGAAAAAUCGAAGAAAUUAUUGAAUAAGAAACAAGGGCAGCAAGAGAAACACAUUAUAGGGAUACUUUCUUUUGAAGUUGCUAAUGUGAUGUCCAAGAUUAUUCACCUGCAUAAAUCUUUGAGUGACCAUGAAAUAGUUAAGUUAAAGAACGAGAUCUUAAAGUCCGAAGGAAUAAGAAUCCUUGUGUCUAAUGAUGAUACACAGCUUAUAGAGCUGGUUCUUGUGGAGAAAAUUGAUGAAUUGAACAGGGUUUCUAGUGUGGUAUCUAGGUUAGGGAAGAAAUGUACAGUUCCAGCACUUCAGGGGUUUGAGCACGUGUAUGGUGACAUUGUUUCUGGGGCGAUUGACGUUAAGGAGUUGGGGAUUCUGGUGAAGAACAUGGACAGCAUGGUGAGCAAAAUGGAAGGGUAUGUGAAAUCCACGGCAAGUUUGUUCAGUGAAAUGGAGGUCAUGAACGAGCUGGAAAUGGCCACCAAGAAGUUUCAGCAGAACCAGCUGGAGGAGAGUAGGAAGGCUUUUGAGCAGAAGUUGAUGUGGCAUAAGCAAGACGUGAGUUAUUUGAAGGAUAUCUCGCUUUGGAACCAGUCAUAUGACAAGGUUGUCGAGCUGUUGGCAAGGACUGUGUCUACGAUUCAUGCACGGAUAUAUAUGGUGUUUGGGGAUGCCCUUCUGAGGGGGUAUACCUCGAGUGGUUCAGCUUCCAGGUCACAGGUUGGUUUCAGCGGAAGUUCGCAGAGUGUGAAGAACGAAUUUGGGAAGAAUUUGGGUCAAUUGGAUGUAGAGAGUAAGGUUCAAAUGGGUGCUAGUUUUACAAAGUCAGUUUCUACCAAGAGUAAUGGUAAAAACCAUUCAGGGCCCAUUGAGAAAGGUAGGUUGGACAAGAGGACCAUAUAUUAUAGGCCUCAAGAUGGGAUGCAGAAAAGUGAAGGAGGCUUGUUUGGUCCCGAAGACUUCAACUUUGCAUGCGGUAUAGGGCCAGGGAGGCUGUUCAUGGAAUGUUUAAGUUUGAGUAGCUCUGCUUCGAAAGUGAAUGAUGAUGAUGAUGAUGAUGAUGUUAGUUAUGAUGAUCGAAGUAGACAGAUUUCGGGCUGCUACAGUGAUGCAAGUGGGAUGACAAGGGACCAACCCAAUCUCUCGGGUUUCUAUUCUCGUUCACAAAAUGGUGAUUCUUUCAGUGGAUAUCAGACGCAGAUUAAGUUUGGUAUGAUAAAUGGUGAAAGAUUUGGACUUAAAAGUAGAUUGUUAGCAUAUGCCCCGCCCAACACCGUUGGAGGCUCUGCUUUAGCAUUGCAUUAUGCCAAUGUUAUAAUUGUCAUAGAGAAACUGCUUUGUUACCCACAUCUGGUUGGCCAAGAAGCUAGAGACGAUUUAUAUCAGAUGCUACCAACAAGCCUAAGAAAGACUCUGAAGACUAAUUUGAAGUCUUAUGUAAAAGAUAUGGCAAUAUAUGAUGCACCUCUAGCCCAUGAAUGGAGGGAGAGGCUUGAUGAAAUGCUCAAGUGGCUUGCCCAACUAGCACAUAACAUGGUCAGGUGGCAAAGUGAGCGCAAUUUUGAACAGCAGCAAAUUGUCACUAGAACAAAUGUUCUUUUGCUUCAGACAUUAUAUUUUGCAGAUCUAGAAAAGACGGAGGCAGCCAUCUGUCAGCUACUUGUCGGUUUAAAUUAUAUAUGUCGUUAUGAGCAUCAACAAAAUGCGCUAUUGGACUGUGCAAGUAGUUUCGAUAUUGAAGAUUCCAUGGAAUGGCAAUUGCAAAUCAACACUUCUUUUCAUCCUUGA